GUUGGGAGGCCAAAAAUCUUCUUGUCCUCACAAACUUUGGAAAUCACAUCCAGAAAAUCUGCAAAGAUCUUCUUCUCAUUAGACUGAUUUGUUUUAAAACAAUGGACCCGAACCAGAAACUCCCCAAAGAAGACAACAACAUGCCUUACCACCGCCUCAGCACGAGCACUGGCAACUCAAAGGCCACUGCAUCCGCUUCAGUUGAGAAAAGGUCCUUGAAAAGGGGGAUGCAACUUCUACCAGAAGACUUUGUUCCAGCAGGCUACUCUGUGAUCUGUGGAAGAGGCAGGGGAAACUAUAAUGCAACAGGGAACAGACGUCUCCGCGUCAUUGUUGGCUCGUUCUUGCAGCAGUACAUUGACGCUGAGAACAGCCCGCAUGACCGCACACGCAUCGUUGACCGGGUCGUUAGGAUUAUCCAGGAAGCAUGCCCUGUUGGAGGCUUUGUCAGGUUUGACAAAGGAAGGUACUACGAGUUGUCAGACAGGGCAUCUCGAGAAAAGUGCGGGGCUAUGUUUCGCGAUUGCAUUCAAGCAAAGAACAGGGAAAGACAAGCACAGCAAAUAAUGAUGAAUCAACAACAGAAACAGCAGACCCCAUCUCAAGUUGCUCCGCAGCAAAGUGCUGCACGUGAGCAAGCCAUGAACUUUGAACUUUUCAAUCGAGCAAUGGCAGCUGCACCUGCUCCCCUGAUGGCACAAGGCAUUCCGGAUUUUGCGGAAGCAACUUUGUUACCCCUGGAAAGAGAAGAAAGUUCUGGGUCCACAUCUUGCUCAUCAGGCUUCUUCUACGAUGUGGAUACCAAUAGGUCCGUACAAUUGGAUGAUGAUCUGGACGAUCCGCAAGUCAACAAAUUCCUUGGCAACGACUCAUUGAUGGGCUGUACCCUUUUGUUUUCUGCAAUCGUUUAGACAAGGACCGUACAAAGCUGAGCAUUAUUAAAACAACUUCCAUGGAUACUAAUGCACAAAUUAUACUUACAUGUAGUAUGCAUCUCGACCAGCUACCGGUGGCUAGCUAGGGUGCAGCCAGAUGAGACAAAACUUGGUGGUGGGAGAAGGCAAAGGAGGGUGUGGUCGGGCUUCCGGUAUCCCCAUGAGCUCCCUCCCCAACAUGGCGCAUCGUCCAGUCGGCAGCUUCCAGGCCCAUCUAUGUCAUAUUUCUGGAGCUAGCCGCACGAAAAAUGAAUGUACUCAGCACUCAGCAGUGGGUUUCUCUCUUUGUAGAUCGAGUUCUGGUACGCUGUAUGAAGAG